GAAGAGCGAGAACGCCAUCUUGCCUUCCCGCAAGUCCCGUUAGGAAUGUUUGGAGACAGACGCCAAAGGGCGACGGCGACGCAGUUCCAUCGACUAAACAAACAUUGAAAAUGUUGAAAGAGUUGGUGAAGGUGCGACUCAUGGCGGCAGCCGAUGAAAUAUUGGCGCUGUUUGAAAAAACGAUAGCGUCGUACGAGGAGGAACUUUCUCGAACGAGAGAGGAGAACGACCGACUGCGACAACAGCAGGAAGCUGUUAGCAAGACUCACAUUGUGUUACACAUUGAAGACAUCCAGCAGCUAAUUGGUCAUCAAGAAGAACAUCCCCCUCAGCCACAGGUGAGGAGCUCCACUUUGAAGCAGGAGGAUCCCCAGUCCCUUCAUGUUAAAGAGGAAGAGGAUCCCCAGCCCCCCCACAUUAAAGAAGAAGAGGUGGAGCUUUCGACCACUCAGGAGGGAGAGUGUCUUCUAGGGUGGGAGGAGGCUGAUCUCUCCAAGUUGCCACUGACUGGUGUCUCUGUGAAGGCUGAAGACCAUGAAGACAAGCCACCUGAGUCCUCACAGCUUCAUCACAGUCCAAGUGAGGAGAACAGUGGGGCGGAGCCUCCAAGCAGCAGCAGAGGAUCACAAGCAGAAAACCUCAUAGCUCCACUGUCAGAUAGUGACGACACAUCGUCACAUCCUCCUGAGGAUGAAGACUGGGACCACACCCAAGAAUGUUUGAGCAGUGAUACAGACUGUGAAGGUGAUUUGAGGACCCACACUGACAACAAACACUCUGAAUGCUCUAAAAAGAAGACAGAUGUCCAGCAGCUGAUUGGUCAUCAAGAAGAACAUCCCCCUCACCCACAGGUGAGAGGCUCCACUUUGAAGCACAGGGAUCCCCAGGCCCGCCACGUUAAGGAAGAAGAGGAGGAGCUUUCCACCACUCAGGAGGGAGAGUGUCUUCUAGGGUGGGAGGAGGUUGAUCUCACCAAGUUCCCACCGACUGAUGUCUCUGUGAAGACUGAGGAGCAUGAAGACAAACCACCUGAGUCCUUACAGCUUCAUAACUGUCCGAGUGAGGAGAACAGAGAGGCAGGGCCUCCAAGCAGCAGCAGCAGCAGCAGCAGCAGCAGCUCAUCACAACACAUGACAACAGAAGGUGAUGGAGACCACUGUGACUUUAAAACUUGUCCAAAGUCACUCUCUUUGAUGAUUUAUAUUUUGUACAGACGAGAGCAUAGUGAAUUAGAUGAAAGUAAGAAUAAAAAGUAAAGAUCAUGACCAUGGAUUUUAUUUGAAAAAAGAUUCAAGAGAGUUUUAUUGUCAUGUGCAUGGUAAAACAGCAGUUAUACCAUGCAAUGAAAAUCUUAUUCUGUUCAUUCUCCCACGAAAAGAAAGAAAACACAAGAAAGAAUAAGAACAUAAGAAACAUAAACACAUAAACAUAUAUAACAAUAAAUUAAGCAACAAAAACAGAAGAGACAUUAAUACAAAUAAAACAAAUAAAUAAGUGCUAUGAGUGUGUGCGUGUGUUGCGUGCGGCGUGUGUGAGUGCUUCGUUGAGAAGCCUGAUGGCCUGUGGGUAAAAGCUGUUUGCCAGCCUUGUGGUCCUGGACUUCAAACUCCUGUAGCGUCUGCCUGACGGUAGGAGUGUGAAUAAUGAGUGUUGUGGAUGUGUGCUGUCCUUGAUGAGGUUGAUGAGGUUCUUCGUAGGACUCUAGUUUUAUAAAUGUCUUGCAGUGAGGGGAGGGCUGCCCCAACAAUGUUCUGUGAGGUCUUGAUCACCCGCUGGAGUGCCUUCCUAUCACGUGUUGUACAGUUACCGUACCAAACAGUGAUGGAGGCGGUAAGGACACUUUCGGAUUUUGGUGGACAUGCCAAAUUUCCUCAGUCUUCUCAGGAAGUACAGUCUCCUUUGGGACUUCUUCAUAAUUUGUUGGGUGUUGUGAGACCAGGUGAGGUCCUCGCUGAUGUGUGUGCCAAGGAACUUGAAGGUUUUCACCCUCUCCACCUCAGUCUCAUCAAUAAACAGGGGUCUAUGCGGCUCCUUUUCCCUUGUUCUUGUGUCGAUGAUCAUCUCUUUAGUCUUAUCUGUAUUGAGAAGGAGAUUGUUAUCACGACACCAAGCUAUGAGGUCCGCCACCUCUCUUCUGUAUGAUGUUUCAACACCACCAGUGAUCAGUCCGAUGACUGUAGUGUCAUCCGCAAAUUUAAUGAUGCUGGUGUUGUUCUGGGAGGCCACGCAAUCGUAGGUGGACUCAGCACACACCCCUGGGGGGGUCCCAGUGCUCACAAUUCUUGAGCUGGAUGUGCGAUUGUGGACUCUGACUGACUGGGGUCUGCCUGUGAGAAAAUUAAACACCCAGUUACAGAGGGAGGGAGACAGGCCAAGUGUGAGGAGCUUAUUUGUGAGUUUGUGGGGGCUGACUGUAUUAAAAGCAGAGCUAUAGUCUAUAAAUAGCAUUCUGACAUAUGUGUCCUGGUCCUGUAGGUGAGAAAGGGCUGUGUAGAUGGCAGUGUUGACUGCAUCAUCCGUGGACCGGUUCUGGCGAUAUGCAAACUGUAGAGGGUCCACAGUUGCCGCCAGGAUGCUCUUUUUGAUGUGGGUCAUGACUAAUCUUUCAAAGCACUUCAUAACAAAAGGAGUGAGUGCUAUAGGGCGAUAGUCAUUCAAGCAGGUCACGUUGCUCUUCUUGGGUACGGGCACUAUGGUGGUGGUGGAAAAGAGAUGGGAUAUGCAGUUAAAAUUAAAAUCUCUUUCUAGAGGAGUAAAACCAUGCAUUGCUAUAGGGGAGUGCUGAGCCAGGGUGCACAGUAGAAUUUUGUCCCAAAGGCAAUGAGAACUGGAAGGGGAAAAAGUACAUUUAAUAAAGCAAAAGAUAGAGAAUAACGUAUCAAAUUGUUUUUAAUGGACGAAGGUUGCGUUUCUUGAAGGAAUGGGAGAAUCUCCCCGCUUUCUAAUGUAAAAUAUAGAUGUUCUGCGAGCCUCUUCAUCUGCUUUGUACACUAUGUACGCUGUGCCAAUGUAGUCGAGAUGUGAGUGGUAAGAUGGCGUCUCUGUGGCUUCAGUGGCUUGCCCGGCGGCAUGCGACAUAUGAGCUAUCCAGAUAUAUAAUACAGAUCAGUGGUGCCAUAUUGUAUGCUAACCAAGGCAACAUUUUCUAUCUAUGUAGAAUUUUAACAGCUCUUUAAUGGUGUUCAAUUGUUCCUUUGUCUUAGUUUUUGUGCGUUUUUCUGCCUUUUCAUCUCACCUACUUGGCAAAUGAGGUUGCUCCCAAUUUUUGCACUUGUUUAAGCCAAUUAUCCCGUUUUUUAUAAUAUCUUUCCUGCAAUGAAGCAGGCUGCCUUUCAACAACUUUUCUUAACGCCUUUUGGAUCUCACAACCACAACUUCCUUGUUUAAAACUAGUCUUCAAAAUCCUCUCCUCUGCCAUUUUAACACACAGACAUUAACACAAACACACAGAACAGUUUUUAAAAAUUCACUCAAGACAUGACACAAACAGUAACACAGACACAUAAAUGUGAGAUAUCUAAUAGUUCCCCAAAGCCUUGAAGUUUGGCAAACUUUCCGUGAUGUCUUAUAAUAGACAAUUUUCUGAGGGGCUCCGUACAAGACAGCCUUUUACCCUCCUAAUCUGUUCAACAGUUCAGACACUUGCAAUGACACUUCCUCAGAAGACCACAGUCACAUGGUAAGGAUUCACCCAUCCAUCCGAGGUCGGGUUGCUGGGGCAGCAGCCUAAGCAGGGAAGCCCAGACUUCCCUCUCCCCGGCUACUUUGUCCAGCUCCUCCCGGCGGAUCUCAAGGCGUUCCCUGGCUAGUUGAGAGACAUAGUCUCUC